AUGAAACGCUGCAGUGAUUGUAGAGUUGAUCGUUUAGAUGCCCAGUUUGUUUGGGAUGGUAGCCGUCACAAAACCUGUAUUAAAUGUAAAAAGAGUCGUGAUCGAAGAAGAAACCCGAAUAUUCAAACAAUAAUCACAAAUUUAGCCGAUCAUACUGAAUCAACCGACCACGUUAAACCAACUGACUGUGUUGAAUCGACCGAUCAUGUCGAAUCGACCGAUCAUGUCGAAUUGACCGACCAUGUUGAAUCAACCGAUCAU